GUAAACUGAAGCACUGUUCAUUUAUUUAUUAAAACACCUUGGGCUGUUUGGAUGAAGAUUUUCUCGAACGCAGCAAAUCAUGGAUUCGGAUUCGGACUCUCCUUUCAACUACUCCUGGCCUUCUUUUCCCAAGAUGAGGAUGCGCAGGAAGACGGGAAAAAAAGAGAAAAGCCAGUCUAUAAGGGAGAGCCAAGCCUCAUCCCCAACUCUGGCUGCAGCUGCCAGACUGUCAGCGAUGAUACACGGCAAAGACCGAGUGUACGCCAACGCCAUGCUGGUGGACCAGGUGGAUGAUGCUGACAUUAGAUACCGCUCGCCAGGAGAGGAGGAGGUGAGCCCUGCUGCACCCCAUGUUGGCAGCCAGUGCUGGGACUCUUUCUCCACGACUCCCCCUGACUCAGGGAACCGCUCCCAGAAUCGGCACCCAUCCUCACCCCAUGCUGGGGAGAGGGUAAUCCAGGGCCCCAGGCUGGAGAAUCACGGGGAGCCAUCCCCUCGCACAUCUCCCCCCUCUCCCUUUGCUACCUCUCCGUCUUUUCCUUCCUCCCCCCUGGCUUCCGCCUUCCGUUUGUUCGAAGGAGCGCAGAGGCGUCAGGCACAGUCGUGCCUGCCAGCUUCUCCUGCUUUGAAUCGCAGAGGAUGCAGCUUGACGGAAGCAAGCCGGGGCCUGAGUCCUAGUCUUGAGUGUGACAGCGGGGAAGAGGACAUACUGGGACAUUCCUACCCCUGCUCGUCUUCAAAGCAGCAGUCCAUCCUGCGGUCCAGCCUCGGAGAGGAGCGGGACUCUUUCAACACGUCGCCAGACUUUAACCGCACACACUCCAGCAGCUCGCAGAAGUCCACAAAGAACCCAGAGGAGGCCGAGGUUCGUCUACGCUCCUACUCCUACUCCUCCCCCAAAGCGAAGCCGACACGGCCGCUGCUAAACCGAGACGCAACCAUCACUGACCUGGCAGAAGAUGGUGCAUUCAGCAGCAGCGGCCGUUCUCUACUUCAAGCUUUAUCUCUCUCUAAAUCCCUCUCGCGUCUCAACCAAGUUAAGCAGAGAGCGUUCAGCCUGACAGAGACGCCCAGAGAAAAGAGGAUCGAGGAUGAGGAGUGGGAUAAAUACAUAAUCCCAUCUAAGGUCGAGUCAGAGAAGUACAAAGUCAGCCGGACAUUCAGCUUCCUCAAGAGCAGGAUGUCCAGCACUCGCAACAAGACCAAGGUGAAGGGCAAAGAGGUAAAGGAGGGAAAGGAGAAGUCAGGAGCCACUAAUGGACACCAGUUUGUUCCCGUGUCUCCAUCUGGUCCGGCUCUCUGUGUGGCCUGUGAUAAGUCUGUUUCUGGGAAGGAGCUGUUGCAGUGCUCCAACUGUUUCCUGAAUGUCCAUAAGAACUGUCGAGAGUCUGUUGCAGCCUGUGGAAAGAAGCUGCAGGAGAGGAGCGCAUUGCUAAUGAAAAGCAAGACCUUGUCUCUCCCACAGAACUCUGUGAAAGACAACUCUCCAGCCUCCAUUUUUUCUUCUUCCUCCUCCUCCUCCUCUUCACUGCCAUCGAUGACCAGAGAGAAGAGAGAAACAGUCAUCCCUCUCACCAAAAGCCUCUCCAUCUCUAUAGACAGCAGACGGCUGAGUGACUCAGCGGGAGUGGACGGAGAAUGCAGCGCGACAGCUUGCGCUAGCAGCUUAUUGUCUGAUGAGGGAACACCGGUCACAAUGACUCCUCCAUCCACCGAGCCGCCAAUCAUUACACAGGAUGCUGUUGAUGCUCCUCUGCUGAGCGACCUGUCAGCUGACCUGCUCGGCCUUGACGCAGAGUCAUGGAGUCUGGCAGUCAGUCCGGAGUUCUGCAGGCAACACGACAGGCACACCGUUAAACGACAGGAUGUUAUUUAUGAGCUGAUGCAGACAGAGCUGCACCACAUCCAAACCUUGACGGUCAUGUCGGAGGUGUUCAGGAGAGGCAUGCUGGAGGAGCUGCAGCUGGACUGGGACUGUGUGGCCCGGAUCUUCCCGUGCUUGGAUCCCUUGCUGCUCUUCCACAGGAACCUCUUCGGAGCGCUGCAGGAACGCCGACAGGCCGCAACCCAACCUGAGAACCCCCGAAAUUAUCUCAUCCUUCAGAUUGGAGACAUACUGCUUCAGCAGUUCUCAGAUGAAAACGCUGAGAAGAUGAAGCAGGUGUACGGCGAGUUCUGCAGUCACCACACCGAGGCUGUCAAUGUCUUCAAAGACCUGCAGCAACAGAAUAAGAAACUCCAAAACUUUGUCAGACAACAGAGCAAUAACUCUCUGGUCAGGCGGAGAGAGGUGCCUGAAUUCAUCCUGCUGGUCACUCAGCGUAUCACCAAGUAUCCAGUGCUGCUGGAGAGGAUAUUACAGUACACUCAGGAGGGAAGUCAAGAACACUCUGACUUGUCAAGUGCCCUGGUUCAGAUCCGUGACGUCGUCACCACAGUGGACCUGACUGUGAAUAAGUAUGAGAGGUGUCAGGAGUUGCAGGAAGUGUUGGCCCGGCUGGAGAACAAGAGCUUUGCCAAGCUCAAGAACGGCAAGGUGUUUCGCAAACAGGACCUGCACAGCAAACACAGAUAUCUGCAGCAUAAAGGGCUGGUCUACUGGAAGACUGCCACAGGACGUCUAAAAGAUACUUUGGCGCUCCUGCUCACAGAUGUGCUAGUUUUCCUACAAGAGAAAGACCAGCGCUUCAUAUUUGCUGCUGUGGACCAGAAGCCUCCAGUAAUCCCUCUGCAGAAGCUCAUAGUUCGAGAAGUAGCCAAUGAGGAGAGAGGGAUGUUUCUUAUCUCCGCCUCCUCAGUGGGACCAGAGAUGUAUGAAGUUCACACCACCACCAGAGAGGAGAGGAAUGCAUGGAUGAGACACAUACGACAAGCUGUGGAGAGUUGUCCUGAGGAAGAGGAGGAGGAAGAGCGAAGUGCUGAGACAGAGGAGGUCAGGCGAGCUGCAGAAGCAAGGGUUCAGAAGAUCAACAAGUUCCAAGAGACACUGUUGGGUCAGGACCAGCGUAUCUGCAGCAGCCUGGAGGAGAAGCUGCACUUGUAUGCUGAGCUCACUGAGUUAACCCUCCGCUCACCAGAACCUGUACCACAUCGCCAUCUGCUGGUGCAAUCAGAUACAGACAGUGAGGUGCCACGACAGGCCUCCUCACUGCUGACAGCUGCACUCAGAGAAGCAGAGAACCUGAUCACCAUUCUUCAGGUUCGCGAUGGCCUUUCUGUGCAAAGUCAGAACUCUCCUGUCCGAGGACCAGAGUGCUGCAGCUACAACAGUCACGGCAGCAGCAUCCAAGAGUCUCCCUCUGAACCAGAUUAUCUCAGCACGCUCAGUAUGAGCUCCACCUCUCUCGGAUCAGACACCGAGUUGACGGGGCCGGAUAGCGUGUUGUGGAGCUCUGCUGUCGAUCUGAGGAGAGGAGACACCAAAGGGACACUGUUAAAGGUGGCAGAGAGUGUCCAGAGCCUGACUCAGCUUCUCUACAGUCUGCAGGCUGCUGUGACCCUCCAGGACAGCUGCUAUGAAGUCCAGAAACUCCUUCUCCAGGAGGGAGAAAGACCUCAGCUCCGAACCCUGACUUCCCUACAAAACAGUCUGGAGCAGGAGAAACAGAAGAAUAUUGAUAAGAAGAAAGAGGAAGUAGAAAAGAAGGGUUUAGAGAGGAAGAAAGAAGAGGUGGUUGAGGUGCAGAAACUCCAUGUGAAGCUGAAACAGGAGCAGCAGCGCUGGGACAAAGAGUGUCUGGUCAGAGAGAAAAAACAGAGCGCACAGGAGACUGUGCUGGAGCAACGAGAGCAGCAGUGCUUCUUGGAGGCUGAGCGUCUGCGCUGCGAGCGUGAGGAGCUGGAGGCCCAGCUGCUGGAGUAUCAGCAAAAUCUGGACAGACUGAGGGAGGGCCAGAGGAGUGUGGAGAGGGAGAAGGAGAGGAUUGAAGCCCAGCAGAGGCUUCUCCAGAGCUGGAGACACACCCGCCAGAGCAGUCUGCCUGUUACAAUACCACUGGAUGGAUACAAGGUGUCCAGCCACAGCCGCUCAGGCAGUCUGGAUGGCAGCUGUUCAGUGUAUGAAAAUGAGGCAGCUUUGCUCACCUCCCUCCAGCAUAACCACCCCCACCAGCCCGCCAACAACAACCAGCACCAGUGUCUGCUCUCCACGUCGAGGAAGAACCACGACGGCCUCCUGCAUGGCUCCAGCUACACCGCUAACCUCGGCCUCAGCGCUAGCCUCUACAACAGCCUCAACACCCUGCUGAGCCAGGCACACAGCAAACAGCCUCCAGGUGGUCUGACGUACCCAAACUACAGCAACAACCACAGCUGCCCUCGGCCUCUGAACGACUCUGUGCACCCAUUCGGCAGCAGGGUCGCUGCACAGCCACACAGGACCAACAACACAGACUUCAGCCCACCAUUGGACAGGCGAUCCCUGGGGCCCUGGAGGUCAGAGGUCACAGGUCAUGGACUUUACGAGGACUACUCCUCCUCUCCCUCUCUCACCCCCCUCCUUCCCCCGCAGGCUUACCUCUCUCUUGAAGGACAGAACGGGGAAGAGGGAGGUGAGGAGAACAUCGUUUAUCUCUGAGAAUCAUUCAAGAGAAACAAACUGCAAGUUGCCAGACACAUAACUGGACUGACAAUAAUACAGUAUAUCUGUUGCUUACAUGUGUUUGUGAAUGUGUGCAUUUGCAUCCAUCUAAAUGUGAUGGAUAUAGGUUCAUUUUUUAAACCUGUAUAAUCAAAUAAGGGAAUAGUUGCAGGGAGGAAGCAUACGCAGACUGUAUGUGCCUUUGUCAGUGUAUGUCAGACAUUAAUCAUUCUCUUCCUGUGUGAUGAAACCAUUGUGCCUUUUUGCAAACAAGCUAUUUGUAAAUCAGCUUUUAUACUUGUACUCCCUGUGUUUUUACUUCUAUUAUAAUUCUUUUUAUUAUGUGUUGGACUUGUUUGAUGGCAGAGGUACCUAAAGCACCAGGAAAUCUGCAUAGAGGUAUUGAAUCUAUUUUCCAAUGAGCACUUAAAAGAAAAUGGAAAUAUUUGAGAAGCCAAUCGAGUCUUUCCCCAAACUAUGUAUAGAGUGCUAUUACUUCUCCAUGUGAUCUUUAAUAAUAUUUAUGAGGGAUUGUGAGCAUCUAAAAGACAUAUAAAUAUACUGACAUUAUUGUAUAGAUAUUAAAUAUAUGUAUAGUUUUAUGGAAAGGCUACCUAUGCACACUGUUGGAGGAGGAACUUCAUUUUUCUCACUUAAGUGCCAAAAAUCUUGCUAUCUGAUACUGUAAUUGAUUUCUGUAAAGAGUGGCUAUAUUUUUUCUGUUCACCUCCUUUUCUGAUAAUUUAUUGUGUGUAAAUUGCUUUAUGCACUGUCAACAGUAAUAAUAUUUUGUUGGAUAUGUGUUCUCUUGUAAUCUCUGUAAUCAGAACUGUGAUGUGCCAUAUUAAUAUUGUGCUGUAUAUAAAACGCUUGUGGAACACAUCUGUUUUUUAUGUGUAUUCUGCCUUGUGUAAAACAGCAACAUCCGUUUGACAUUUGCGCACC